AUGGCGUCGUCGCUAAAUCUUAACCCAUACCCGUCGUUAUUCAAACCUUCAAAAUCUCUCCCCGCCGGUCGGAAGAACAACCCGUCGUUAUUCAAACCUUCAUCUUUCCCCGUCGGCCGGAAGAAUAACCCGUUAUUAAAACCUUCAUCUUUCCCCAAUAUCGGCAUGAACAAGAAGAAUAAGAGCAAUUAUGGUAAAUAUCCCGACGACGUUGAUAUGGAAGAGGAUUUUUGGACCAAAGAGGCUCUUUGGAAUCCGACAACAAACGAACUCAAAAUCCUUCCUCCAUCUCCCGCAACCUUGGACCCGAGGCAUGAAUUGUGUGUCUGCAAUUAUUUUGGUUUCGGGUAUGAUUCCACGUCUGGCGACUACAAGGUGAUAAGAUUUCUGCGAAGAUCUAAUGAUUGGACGUCCCUUGUCGCGGCCGAAUUAUAUUCUCUCAAGACUAACUCAUGGAAACGAGUCAACUUUCGCCCUUACAGCUUCCAAUGGUACGGUGAACCAUUCGCGGGAGUUCACGUGAACGGCACUUAUUACUGGUUAAAUAAAUUAAACGAUGAUUUUAUCCAGUCUUUUAACUUUGCUACUGAGAAGUUUGAGUCCGAUGGUGUUCCUACGCCCCCGAGCGAGAAGUUGGAAAAAUUUUGUGAUAAGAUGCUCGUUGAAUAUCGGGGCUCGCUCGGUUUUUUGGCUUCAACUACUGUGUGGGUAGACGACGAGAUGCAUAACGGUUUAGAACUUUGGGUGUGGGACGACACGAGUUUGUCAUGGGCCCAAGAGUCCACGUUUCUUGUCGAUAAGAUGAGUAAUUAUGAGGGCCUCUUUGAGAAUGAUAAGUUGUUUUAUCUACAACCGGGGGGUGAUUUGAUGGUCCAUGAUUGUGCAAUGAAUACGGAGACGAACAUAUCGAAUGUCUGUACUCAUGAGUUCUGCAGCGUAUUUCCUUUUGUUGAGAACUAUGUUUCGUUGAGCUCGUCUGGAAAAUGA